CCAUCUUGCUGCGUGUGCGCUAGGGAGGGAGUGCUGAGUUGUGAGAGUGAAUCUGAGCCGGCCCGGAGGAUCCGUUCCCGCCAUGCCGCACUACCAGACCUGGGAGGAGUUCACCCGUGCCGCCGAAAAGCUCUACCUCGCCGAUCCCAUGAAGGUGCGUGUGGUUCUUAAAUACCGACACUGUGAUGGGAAUCUGUGUAUCAAAGUAACAGAUGAUGUAGUUUGUCUGCUAUAUAGAACAGACCAGGCUCAAGAUGUAAAGAAGAUUGAGAAAUUCCACAGUCAGCUAAUGCGACUCAUGGUAGCUAAGGAAUCCCGCAGUGCUGCCAUGGAAACAGACUGAAUUGCUGAAAAUAAAAUGAAAGCUCCAGUCAUAUUUCAUGGGAAGAAAAUAUCACUUGGAUUUGAGCAAACAUUGGGACAGGAGACGUUUUAUGUAACGAAGUGGACUAUGAAAAGUCUGAAGCAUUUUUUCCCCUGCCCUAGACGCCACUUCAGAUAACUAGGAAAAUAAAUGCUUUCAGUUGAAAGCCUCUAUUUAUUUUUGAAAAUUAAGCAAGAAAAAUAUAUCCUCCAUGGAAAACAUUCUUACAAGUCUUGCUUAACAUACUUUAACCUGUAAAUAUUUUCUUUUGUAAAUCUAUAGUACUCUAAUUUGAAAGUGAAAGGAAACAAGUGUAUCCCUCUGGAAAUUGAGAGCAUGUCUUCAUGUAGAUUAAAUUGAUCUUAUUUGCAUUCAUAUACCUGUGCUGGUGUAUUUUCACAAAUGAAAAAAUAUAUAUUAAUCUGACCAACUAAUACUAUAACACUAAAACUGGAUCUAAUAACCCUAUUCAUCUAAUGACAUGUUAUAACAGAAUUUAGAAAUAGAACAGACAUCUUUUAAAUUAAAAUUGCCAAAAAUUGUGUGUAAUACUGUGCAACUGGCAAGUUAUUCUGUAAAAGGUUUCUAGCUUUUAAUAUUAUGGCCACAAGCUGUAUAACACUUCUAAAAGCCUGUGCAUAAUAGUUCCACAGAACACGUUCUAGAUUGCUGGUUCAAAUACAAAGUUGUCAUUGAUCAGGUCAUCACCAUCUGAAAACUGUUCAGUAGCCUAUGUGAAGUUGGAAGGUCCCAAUCCAGUUAUCAGGCAGUGUUCAUAUAAAAAGAAUCAAGGUCAUAUUUAGAAGUAAUUGGCAGAGAGGCUGAACUUCCCUCUGGCUGGUAGAGGUUUGACUUCCAGGGCAGAGUUGAGGCAUGCUAGAAAGGGCACUGUGGAAGCUUGCACAUGUAAUGCCCAGGGUGUGACCUGUUCUGUGGAUAAAUUAUUUCAGUGUCCAAGUCUUAGUAACUCGCCAAUGUUACAUUCACUUUAAUUAUAAAAAAAAAAAAGUAGACUGUAACAACUUGCAUUCACAAAUGCUAACAUGUUUACCAAACUUGUACCUUAAACAUCAAAGCAAAAGAAUGUAGUCCAGUGGUUCUCAAACUUUUGUACUGGUGACCCCUUUCACAUAGCAAGCCUCUGAGUGCGACA